AAUAAGAAAAAGUGAAAGAAAAUGUAAUUGAAGUAACUCCACCACUAUUCAAUAGAAAUGAUAUAGUUAGUGUUGAGUAGACGGAGGGGGUCGAGUAGUGUAGUUAUCCCUUCAUCUCUUCCAUUUCUUCCUCACUCAGAAACUACGGCAAUGAUGGCGCUGGCAUCACCAUUUCCUCGAUUAUUUCAACACUCUCACAAUGUCGCCCUCUGUAGCCUGCCAAAGGAUGUCAAAUUGGACGCUGCUGCAUUAUGUAUCAACCAUUCUUCCAGGACGAUAUUUACAUGCUCAAGGCCAUUAAUUUACUAUAGCUCCUCAAAGGCUGUCACGAGACUUUUACUUAAGCCAAUAUCCGCUGUUGGUUCUGGUUUCGAGACAUCAAUUACAGAUCCAAAGGACAAUGCUAUUAGCAUUAAAAACGUUGAGAUAGUAGUGGAGUCUAAAGGUGACGAUAAGAUGCAAGUAAGGGUGGAUUUGACGGGGAAAGAAACAGAGAUAGUGUUUGAGAAAAUUCUGAGAAAUUUAGCACGUACAGCUCCCCCAGUUCCUGGGUUUCGCAGAGAAAAAGGAGGGAAGACAUCUAAGGUUCCAAGAGACUUCCUCCUACAAAUUCUUGGUGAAGAUCGUGUUACCAAUUUCGUUAUUCAAGAAAUUGUCAGCUCAACAUUGGCUGAUUAUGUGAAGAAGGAAAAUCUGACUGUUAAGGACAACAAAAUUAACACCAUUCAGACUGCUGAAGAACUAAAGUUGGCAUUUAUCCCUGGAAAUGAUUUUGGAUUUAAUGCCACACUGGAGCUCGAGCAAUCCACAGAAGAGUCCGCCUAACUGCAAAUGAGUAGUCUGUUUGGGCUUGCUCAGACAGCAAAGUUGAGCACAUAACAAGUACAUAUGAGGGUCAAUUCUCUUUUAUUCAUUCAGCAGGUUAGCGGACAGAAUCACUGUUUUUCGUUUUUGGUUUUUUUGUGUUGUGCACGGUAUUUUCAAUACUGGUUAUUAAUAACAGUUGAGUUUUGCA